UGUUCCACGUAAGUGACAGAACAGGACAAGCCACUACGUCAACAUAACCUGUAUUAUACGCGCGAUUGCUUUUACUUUCCAAUCCAUCGUUUCACGAAUAUUUAAAAUAUCUUGCGAUACACAUAAUAAUUACCUUUUUACAAUGGUGUCCGUUUUAAAUACCGUCGACACUGGUCACGAGGACAUGAUUCACGACGCUGAAAUGGAUUACUAUGGUUUAAGGUUAGCUACCUGCUCGAGCGACAACUCGGUGAAAAUAUUCGAUUUGAAGAAUGGUACUCAGAGCCUCGUUGCUGUGCUCAAGGGACACAUUGGUCCCGUGUGGCAGGUCGCGUGGGCCCAUCCCAAGUUCGGCAAUCUUUUAGCAUCUUGUAGCUAUGACAGGAAAGUAAUUAUCUGGAAGGAACUUGGAGAAUGGACCAAGAUAUAUGAGCAUGCUGGUCAUGAUUCUUCUGUCAAUUCAGUCGCAUGGGCGCCACAUGAGUUUGGUUUGAUCCUGGCUUGUGGAAGUUCAGACGGAUCAGUUUCCAUCCUUGCAAACACUGGAGAUACUUGGCACAUGCAGAAAAUAACAAAUGCUCAUACAAUUGGAUGCAAUGCAGUCAGUUGGUGUCCAGCGGUAGAUUCAGGCGCUGAUCCCAGUGUGACUCAACAGAGAAAUGAACCUGUUAAGCGAUUAGCCACUGGUGGUUGUGAUAACUUGGUGAAGAUAUGGAAAGAGGAUGGUGACAGAUGGAUAGAAGAAAAUAAACUAGAAGCACACAGUGAUUGGGUUCGCGAUGUAGCCUGGGCACCAGCAGUUGGUCCAUCCCGAGCUGCUUUGGCAUCUUGCUCACAAGAUCGCCGUGUAGUUGUAUGGACUUCCAAUGAUUAUACUAGCUGGACACCAAAUGUUCUUAAUGUUUUUGAUGAUGUUAUCUGGAAUGUUAGCUGGUCAUUAACAGGUGGUAUUUUGGCGGUUAGCGGUGGAGAUAACAAAGUAUCACUCUGGCGUGAAAAUUCUGAAGGACAGUGGGCAUGCAUUUCGGAAUUGAACAAAGAUCAAGGGAAUCUAAAUAAUCCCGAUCAACGUGCAUUAUAACAUCGUUUUAAUGGAGAUGUAAAAUAAUAUGCAAAAUAAGCAUUGUAAAUUAACAUAAUUUGUUUGAUAUCAGAUAUCUUUUAGCAAAAUGUUGUAUUCUCAAUUUCAGAGUUAGCAUAAAUAUGAUUUAUUAUUAGUCUUUAGUUAUCCAUUUAUUCCAAAUAUAACACUAAUCUUUA